AGCCAGUGGUUUGCGAGUGCAGUCCCCCGACGAUACAUCCACUAAUCAGUUGAAGUUCUGAUAGCACUCGAGAGCUCUUCAUCCCACAUUUUUGGGAUGUUGAGUGUUCAAAAGUCAGUGAAUCCCUCCGGUAUUAAAGUGUUUCGCAAAUUUCCGGGGAUCGAUCGAUCAUUCAACUCAAAUCAUCCAAAACACGAGUCAUUAAAUCAAUUUUAUUAGACGAUAUUAAUUUAAUAUUCAUUCAAUAAAAUAAAAUUAUGACCCGAUUACAACGAAAUUAUGUAGUUAAAUAGAUUGUAUAAGAGAAUUGCUGAACAAAUUGAAAAAUCGUGUGAUAAAAAAUUACUGACGAGGAAAUGUUGGAUAACUGAGGCACAAAAAAUGCCAUUGAUACGUGCGCCAAUAGUUUCCGCAAGUGAAUUCUUGCUGAAGGCCGCUCUUGACGGAAUCUGCUGAAAUCGACAACUCUCGAUUUUUUCAUCACCUCUGAUUUCAAUUCACGCUCGAUGACCGGUGAAAUCUGUUGGUCGAAAAAAAAUCGAGACAAUGGCUAGACAGAUGUGCAAAUCCACUGAAUUCAUCUGGUGGUGUGCGACGAUUCUCUUCGUCACUCGAUCGGCGUCUCAAGUUCAGAUUGCGCCAGGGCCAUCUCCAGACUUCAGUACACACAGCCGUGUUCGACCACGAGUGUUCAAUGCUAGAGAUAAACAAAUGAUUGAUGACACGAGGAUAAACAAUUUUAACCAUUCAGAUGUGCUCACUAUUGACUUAGAAAUUGAUGGAAUUCAGCGUACCCUCGAUCUCAGGCUCAAUACAGAUCUCAUUCCCGUAGGAUAUAAGCAGAGAACACAGUAUGAAGGAUAUUCUACAACUGAAAUACCUCAAAUAGUUGAAUUAUGUCAUUAUCAAGGAAGCCUCCGAGGCGCCCCAGGCUCCUGGGCGGCGGUGUCGACCUGUCGCGGCCUGCGCGGCGUCAUCUACGACGCCCGAAACCUCCACUACAUCCACCCCCACGAGAACACCCUCGACACCGUCCACUACCUCUACAAGCACAGCGAUCUCAUAUCAAACAGGACCUGUUCACCGUCCGGGGAUUCCCCCAAUUCCCCCAGAACCCGGCGAGCCCUCGCUCCCGCCAGAGGGCGGCUCAUUCUGGGUCCCUACAACGCCAACUCCGGGUCUCGCUACCUCGAGCUGGCCUUCGUCGUCGACCAAAAGAUCUACGCCAAACUAGGAAGCGACAUCGACGAAGUCCACCGUCACAUCAAGGACCUCGCCAACAUAAUAAACGCCCUGUACACCCCAUUGAACGUCUUCGUGGCGCUCGUGGGGAUCGAAGUCUGGACGCAGUACGACAAGAUCCCGCUCUCCCCCGUCAGCGCGCGGACGCUGGAGAGCUUCAUGGAGUACCGCAGGCGGUACCUCCUCCGCGAAAUUCCGAACGACAACUCUCAACUGCUGACAGGCAUUCGUUUUGACGGCGGAAUAGUCGGAAAAGCCGGUGUCGGCUCGAUUUGCACGUUCGAGUCGUCGGGAGGUGUCAACAUGGACCACUCGACGAUCACCGGACUGGUUGCGGCGACCGUGGCCCACGAGAUCGGGCACAAUUUCGGCAUGAGUCAUGACGCGGAAUACUGCCAAUGUCCGGAGACGGAAUGCAUCAUGAAUGCGGCGCUGACGUCGAAAGCUCCGGUUCACUGGUCCUCCUGUUCCCUCGAGCAGUUGUCGCUGGGCUUCAGUCAGGGCAUGGACUACUGUCUGCGGAACAGGCCGGCGAGACUCUUCGAGGGGGGAGAGUGCGGCAACGGGUUCGUGGAGUCGGGGGAGGACUGCGACUGCGGCCUCGAGGGGUAUUGUGAUAAUAAGUGCUGUGAUGCUCGGACUUGCAGGUUUACGUCCAAUGCGGCCUGUGCAACCGGUGAAUGCUGUGACCUGACAACUUGUCAACUAAAGAAGCCCGGGGUUCCCUGCAGAACAUCGUCGCACGAGUGCGAUUUACCUGAGUACUGCCCGGGAAAUUCCGAAUACUGCCCUGAGGAUGUCCACAAAAUUGACGGCCAUCCUUGCAAAAUGGGGAGAGCUUUCUGCUACCGCGGCGCAUGCAAAACUCAUGACGACCAAUGCAAGCUUCUCUGGGGUCCAAGUGGUAUCUCGUCAGGUCUUCCCUGCUACGAGUUGAAUGUCAAUGCAAAUGUCACAGGCAAUUGCGGAUACAAUCCCGUAGAUUCCACCUUCAGACCUUGCAGGAAGAAGAAUACUUUGUGUGGAAGGCUUCAGUGCAAGCAUUUGGGAGCGGAAAUGCGGUUCCAAUUUGGGUCAGACGCUUUUGUGAGGGGGGGUCACACUUACGUUUACGGCCCUAAUUAUUCGGUUCUGUCAUGCAAAAUCGCUAUUGUUGAUCUUGGAACGAGAGAUGUUGAUCCAGGACUCGUGCCCAACGGCGCCAAGUGCGCUGAGGGGAGGAUGUGCGUAGAUCAGAAAUGUCUGACUGUCGAGAAUUUCAUGAAGAGGAUCGACAGGGACUUGGCGUGUUUGAACAACUGCAGUGGGAAUGGAGUUUGCAACAGUCUCGGGCGCUGUCAUUGUGACGAGGGAUUUGGGCCACCUGAUUGCACUCAGAGGGGGCUUGGGGGGUCUCAGGACAGCGGUCCCCCUGAUACUGUUGAUGAUGAAACCAACGGAGUUGCAAUCGCCCUCUGCAUCAUCUUCUUGGGAAUUCUUCCACUAAUCGCCGUAACUUUACUCUGCAUUUGGUACAAACGAAACCGAUCGAGUUCAAUUUUCACAAAAAUGUUCUUAUCAACGUAUGUCUCCGCGGUUAAGUGUUUCGAACGCGUCAGGGGUUUCUUCACAUCAGAACGCUCUCCAGACCCGUACGAGGGAUCACCCAAAGUGUUCACAAUAAGUGAUAGAGUUCCAGGGAAUGGACUGACGAUAACGAAGACGAAUUUCGUUAGUACGACGAAUCCAGGUGUGAUUAGAUCUAGUAAAAAUAUAAGAAUUCGUCAUUCCGCCGGGGCUGAUGACUCAUCUGACGUAGAAUCGGUCGUCAAAUCGAAUAGUCGAUUGAGGAUUCAACAUUCUGAUGAAAUUCCCUCUCGCAGUACUCCGAGGGAGUUGUCCUCUGAGGCAUCGCCUGAUUCAGAAUGUCUUUAUGAGUCAAAUUCCGAGAUUUAUGUGGCCUUCAAGAAACUGAGUCCGAGGGGUCUGGAAAAACCGACAGGUACUCCAGAAAAUGCGGACUCUAGAUCGACUAGAUCUUUUUAUAGGAAAAAACCACCGCCACCGCCAAUUUUGUAAUAUUUGAUACAGAAAAUUUCGUAAAUAAAAUCCUUUUUACUGAUUA